ACAAAACAACAAGAAGAAGAUAUUCAGAUAUAGGGCUUUAACGGUAUGCGCGCCGAACCGAACGGAUACGGCCAUUUCGAUUCUACGCGAGAUCGCGCGGAGCCAGGUACCGUCAAAUAUCAAGCGUGUAGGUAACCUGGCUUGUUCGCUAAUUUGUCUAACUGCUUAUAACUAAAAUGGACACAAAUAUACCAGAGAUUGAAGACGCUCCGUCGUCUCUAAAAUCGGUUGUUUGGAAACAUUUUGGUUUGGCCGUAAACUACACGAACUCUGGGCAGCGAGUAGUGAAUCGGAGGAUGGCCGUGUGUCGGCUUUGUUUCACCGAAGUUGGGUGUCUCACGGGAAGCACAUCUAACUUGAUGAGUCAUUUGCUUCGACAUCACCCGUUUUUGUCUUUUGAAAAUGCACAAAGUCAACACAGAAAGCCUAUCAGUGCGUACAAGCAGCCUCACGCUGCGGGUUCAGACCGAGCUGCAGCAAUAACGGACGCCAUUGGAGUGUUUAUGGUCACAGAUAUGCGACCGUGCUCGGUCGUGGAGAACAUGGGAUUCAAGCGUAUGCUCAACGUGCUCGACCCACGUUACAAAGUGCCCACGCGAGAGCAUUUCAGCAGUGCUGUAGUACCCUCCCUGUAUAAACAAACACGAGCUGUAGUCAUCUACGAGUUAUCCGCUGCACCUUCUGUUGCUCUUACUGUAGAAGAAUGGACUUUACGUGCCACAGAAAGCUAUUUAACAGUGACUGCCCACUACAUCAGUCCAGACUGGGAGAUGAAAAGUCCUGUUCUGCAAACUCGACCUGUUUAUGAAUACAAAAGCACUAAUUAUGCAGAAAAACUAAAGGAGGCUGUGGCAGAUUGGAGUUUGGAGCGGCCAAGAUGCACCAUACCAGUCACAAGUGACAAUGCCAAAAAUAUUGUCAGUGCUGUUGGCGAAGCCGGACUGGGUCCACAAAUUGAUUGCUUCGCACAUACUAUCAAUUUGGCUGCGCAAAAAGCAACCGCAGUCUCCAAGGUGUCUCGACUCCUUGGAAAAAUCAGACGGAUUGCGUCUUAUUUCCACCGUAGCACAGCCGCUGCACAUAUUUUGCUGACCAAGCAGGAGAUGCUUGAAGUCUCGAAACAGCCCCUGGUGCAUGACGUGCCCUCCCGCUGGAUCUCCAGCUUUGACAUGGUGGAGCGAUACAUCGAGCAGCAGGUCGCCGUUCAAUCGGCGCUUACAGAAAAGGGCCUCAAGAACAAAGACAUUGUUAGUUUGACCGACAAGGAUAUUGCCGUUGCAGAGGGUGUCAUUGAAGUUCUCAAACCCCUGAGAAUCAUCGCAACCAUAAUCACUGAAAGCACACCAUCCGUGUCCAUGAUCCUACCUCUUAAAACCCGGAUUCUGAAAUCCAUGGAGCAAGAUGACGGAGACAGCGCCACUGUGAGGGAAAUGAAGGCGGUCAUCACAGGGAACCUGCAGGACAGAUACUCGGGGGAUGAUCUCCAAGAUUUUCUCCACAAAUGCACUGCUCUGGAUCCAAGGUUCAAGAGUCUUCCUCAUGUGGUUCGUGCCUGUCGUCAACGGAUCUAUGACACUCUCACUAAAGAGAUUUUGGCUAAUAUAGAGCAGCAAGACAAUGCUCAAUGCCACACAGCCAGAUCAAUCAAUGUAUGGAUGGAGGACCACCGGAUCAAGACCCUGUCAUGACUGCCAGCCCAAUCUCCAGACCUGAAUUCCAUUGAAAACCUCUGGAAUGUGAUGAAGAGGAAGAUGGAUGUCCACAAGCCAUCAAACAAAGCUGAGCUGCUUGAAUUUGUGUCCCAACAGCAAUGUGAAUGACUGGUAGAGAGCAUGCCAAGUUAAAACAUUAUUAUUGUGUUGUUUAAAAAUUAAUGUUAACUUGUUUUCUUUGCAUUAUUCGAGGUCUGUAAACACUGCAUAGUUUUUUAUUUUAUUUUGACCAGUUGUCAUUUUCUGCUAAUAAAUGCUCUAAAUGACAAUAUUUUUAUUUGGAAUUUCGGUGAAAUGUUGUCAAUACUUUAUAGAAUAAAACAAACAUUUUCAUUUUACUCAAACACAUACCUAUAAAUAGUAAAUCCAGAGAAAUUGAUGAUUUUGCAGUGGUCUCUAAAUUGAUUCCAUUGUUGUGUGUGUGUGUGUGUGUGUGUGUGUGUGUGUGUGUGUGUGUGUGUGUGUGUGUGUGUGUGUGUGUGUAUAUACAGUACUCUGAAAAAUAUUUGGUGAGGAUUUCUUAAAAGAAUUAUGACAAAUAGUUUUCAUUAAUCACUUAAUGUCAUACAAAGUCCAGUUAAACAUAAAAAAGCUAAAUCAGUAUUCAGUGUGACCACCUUUGCCUUUGAAACUGCCCCAAUUCUCCUAGGUACACCUGGUCUCUUUUCUUGGUUUUUGGCAGAUAUGAUGUUCCAAGGUUCUUGGAGAAUUAACCUCAGUUCUUCUGUUUAGUCUGUCUCCAUUGUUUCUGUCUCUUCAUGUAAUCUCAGACUGACUCGAUGUUCAGGGGCUCUGUUGGGGACCAUGACAUCUGUUGCAUGGCUCCAUGUUCUUCUAUUCUAUUUGCAAAAGGAAUGUUUGGGAGUAUAAAAUGUAUAUUUUCUAUUGACACACCAAAGUAGCAGAUAUAAAUAACCAUCUUAAGACAUCUUGAAACAUCUUAUGUGCAUAAGACUUUUGCACAGUACUGUAAAUACACACACACACACACACAUAUAGUUGUGUAUGUACAUUAUGUAUAUAUAAACUUUAAUUUC